AUGUCUGAUUCUGCCUUUUCUGAGGAGGAGGAAUCUGAUAGUGACUCUUCAUCUGAUACAGAGGAUAGUUUUGAUGACUCGGAGAAUGAAAGCGAGAAGAAGAGGAAAUACAGAAAAACAAGACCCUCUUCAUCCAAGGGAAAAAAGCCUCAAAGAAAACCCUUGAUCAACAUCUCUUUGGAAGGGGAGGACUCGAAUGAUUCUGAGAAGGAGAACCCUAAAGGGCUGCUGAAGAAGAAAACAAAAAUCCACACCCAGACCUGGAAAAAGCACAAGCAAAAAGAGGAGACUGGUAAGGAACCGGAAGUUGACAAGCAAGCAAAGACCUUGGAAGCUGAGCAUAGCCUGGAAAAGGAGACUAUGGAAGAGACUCUCAGGGCUGCCGACACAAUUUCUACCCUCCACAUCCCCAAAGAAGAACAGAAGAAAAUGCAUGCUAGGGAAUGCAUACCAGCAGAUGUAGUCAAUCGGUAUGAGGAUUCUAUCAGUUUUAUGGUAGACACGGAUACAUGGUUGAUGGAAGCUGUUAUUCCCAGGACCACAUGGGUAAUGCCUAUUGGUUAUGAAGUAGAUAAAGAGCUACUUGUUGUUUAUGCUGAUCAUUUGUUAGCUCAAAUAGUUGAUACCACUACUAAGAGGUUUGGAACCUACAAGGAGAAACUACUAAAAGUGCACUCUGAAUUACAGCAACCAGUGAUAGAAAAUAAAGUAAGGAAAGAGGUAGAGGCCUUUGCUAAACAGGUCGGAUUCAAAAAAGAACAGAUAGCUACAACAAGAGCCAAAUAUGAGGUUGAAAAAGGUGGAACUUCCAGUGAAACAAUAGGUAAAUUUGUUGAACCUCCUGUUGUGCCUACCCAAAUCAGAAAAAGAAAGAAGGAGAAAGCUCGCAAACCUGUGAUAGAUGUAGAAGCUACAAAAUCAGAAGAAGAUAAGAGAGCACUAAGGAUUGAAGAAGAGAUUAACACGAAUGCUUGUUGGAGAGACCGAAUCAGUUCAAAGGAGACUGAUAUUUUGAUGAAAAAGGAUUUAGGUCUCAUCCCCGAUGAAGAAGAGGAAAAAGAUGAAGAAAUUGAGGAUGAUAUCCCCACAAAGACAAAGUUAGAAGAACUUCCUGAAGAUGUAAAGAUCACAGAUUUUGAACCAAACAACAAGUAUAUGUACAAUGAACUUGUUGAUAUUGAACCGAAAGAUAUAACAAAUGAUGAUACCAGUGAUGUUGAUAAUUUAACAAAGACUCAGACUGCACUAGUCAAUAUAAGUGUAGAUGCAAAUGUAAAUGUUCCUACUGAGGAUAAUCAGAAGGAUACAGUUGAUAAGGAAGAGGAAGCAUCAGUGGAAGAACAUAUUGUUGAACAUCUACAACUGGUCAAAGACACUACUAAUGAAGAGAAGACAGAAAAAGAUAAGGAGGAAGAGAAGAAAAUGGAGAAGGUGGAAGAGGAGAUGAGAAUGGAAGAAAUAAAGACAACUCCUGAGGUACCUUUUGAAUCCAAACUGAAGAAAACAAUAGUUGAUGAUGAUGAUGACGAAUCUAUGAGAAUUAAAGGUCCAAUUAAUAUAGACCAUUUGAGUUCUUCAGAGUUAAUGGAGAUUGCUACUGCAAUGUAA